CUAUGGCCGGCGUGGGGGCGGGCGGGGCCUCGGCGGAGACGUCACUUCCGGGCGGCAGGCACGAGGUGUCCCGGCGUCCCCCGCGCGGCCUCUUUCCGACUCGGGCGGCCCAAGAUGGCGGACACGCAGACCGAGAGGGCUUACCAGAAGCAGCCCACGAUCUUCCAGAACAAGAAGCGGGUGCUUCUCGGGGAGACCGGCAAAGAGAAGCUCCCCCGCUACUACAAGAACAUCGGCCUGGGCUUCAAAACCCCCAAAGAGGCUAUUGAGGGCACUUAUAUUGACAAGAAAUGCCCCUUUACUGGCAAUGUGUCCAUUCGGGGCCGUAUUCUGUCAGGCGUGGUCACCAAGAUGAAGAUGCAGCGCACCAUCGUCAUCCGGAGGGACUACCUGCAUUACAUCCGCAAGUACAACCGCUUUGAGAAGCGCCACAAGAACAUGUCGGUGCAUCUGUCCCCCUGCUUCCGGGAUGUGCAGAUCGGGGACAUCGUGACUGUGGGCGAGUGCCGUCCCCUCAGUAAAACGGUCCGCUUCAACGUCCUCAAGGUGACCAAGGCUGCUGGCACCAAGAAGCAGUUCCAAAAGUUCUGAAGUCUAUUCUGGUUUGUUGGGAUGUGCAAAUAAACUUUUUGUAAAGACUCA